AUGAAGAUAAAUAGUAAGUUUAGGCUGAUGACAAAGAUAGAAACACUCGAUGCAAUCAACAGAUCCUUAGAAACCCACCCAGGCCAGGCAGAGUUUUUGGAAAAGGUACGGCUGUACUGCACUUCUUCCAUGGCCAAAGAUCAAGCUUUAGGAAUCAAGCAAACACUAAUCAAUAUAGGCCUGACAGAGUUCGAGAUCAUACAAUUACUUGACUUCAACCCCAAGUCCAUUGUUUGCCUUCAGCUUGUGAUCGAGGACAUGGAAGAGAGGUUUACUGAGGAAGCCCUCCUUAGAAUAUUAGACCUAUUCAACGAUAACAAAUAA